AUGUUCAUUAUUUCUCCUAUGUCUGCCUGCGCUACUGAGGACAAGCGUGACCAAUUCCUAGAUUAUAUUUCGAAAAUUGCCCCGGUCACAUAUGCUACCGAGCCCAAGUGUCACGGAUAUGCUUGGUUCCGGAGCGCAGAAGAGAAUGAUACUGUUCCACAGCAUUGGGUUAAGGGGUUAGAAGUGUAUGAAGAUAUUGAGGCAAACACCCAGACUCAUCGCGCAAGUACAGAGUACAAGACAUUUCGAGCCGCAGUUGGGUCAGAGAAACUGCUAGAGCGCCCAAGCGACCUACGAUUCUGGCGGCCCUUAUUGGGCUUCAUGAAUAGAAAGGAAAACGAUCCUGAAGCCAAUCAAUUCUUUGCUCAUAAUCGACUAUUAUCUGCUGAAACCUGUCAGUAUAUUGUAGUAGACGAGCUCCUACCAAAGCCGAGAUAUAAGGGCUCUCUUCUGGAGAGCGUAAGUAAGUUGGCGCAAAUGGCAGAGCAGAAUCAGAACAUACUCAGUUUCUGGGUUCUGAAACACGAAGACAAGGACGAGGAUCCGGGUCUGCUUGUCUUUGCUCGGUAUGUUAAUCGGCGCGCGUGGACCGAUUUUGAAGACCGGGAAGAGAUUUCUGCAGCAUGGAAAGAGGCAAACUACUCAUGUCAGUGGCCGAGACGGACUGUUUGGGUUGACUCUGGAAUUGGAUUCCUCGGUAGAUAG